UUAAUUUACCGACGAAAUUUUCCAUUGAGUCACAUACGACAGCAGCCAUGGCAGUCAACUUCCUGUGCGACAUAGUCGUGAGCCACUUGGAGCUGCCCCAUGACGACAUCAGCGAACCCAAGCAUCUUCAGGUGUCCAUGCACUUUGGCAAGGUGCCCCUUACCCUCACCUCCAGCUGCAUCAACGUCCGUGAGUUCCCGGCCGGAAGUCAGACCGACUUCAUAGACAACCCCAAAUCGUUGCGGCAGACUCUGGCGGCCAAUGGGCUGCCCAUCACCGUGCGCCUUGCCGGCAGGACUCUGGGCACCGGCAAGGUGCAGUUCCCCGAUGACUUCACGGACCGCAUCGACAACCCCAUGAGCGACUUGAUGUACGGCGGCUCCUGCAGCCUGCUACGCAAUAAUGAAAUCAUCGGCGUCUUGGAAAUCAUGCUGCGCCUCACCAUCAAAUGCGAGGAUCCACCCAUAGAACCCGACACAGGCAGCAAGAGACGUCCCACCUGUGUCAAUCUGGGUCCAACCAUCAACCAGCAGGAUAUCAUGUUCAUGGUGGGGUCCGCCGAACCGUGUGAGAUUCCCUCGGAUCCAUGCGACGACCACCUGGAGGCCGAGCCGGGCGAUGAGCAGCUCCAAUGGGAUCUCUCGCGUUACCGCAGCCGGAACUCGAGGAUCGACUAUGAUGAACCCGAACCGCAGGAGAAGCCCUGUCUUGGACACCUGCGCCAGCUUACAGACAAGUAUGCGGGAAUCAUUCAGUCGGUGGCCGAUAGUGUCAAAGACCUGAAGCCAUCGCCCUGUAUUGGGCGUCCAGUCAAAGAGGAUUCACCCUGCCGGGUGUCCUUCGAUCAGCAAAAAAAACGCACGAUUCCCGUGCCAAUGGGCGAUACGGAAGAGUUUGGCAUCAAGCCUAUCCGAUUCUGCCCCGUUUGUCUGCACGCCAUGUCCUGGCUGCCCAAGUUCGCCGCAUGCCCCAACUGCGGCACGAAGCCCAUGCCUGUGACGGAGAAGCGGCACACAGGGGAGCUGACAGCGGAUAUGAUCAUUGAGGAGCAGCUGCGAAAGCGAAACACUUUGUCAGGAGACGAGGACUUUUGCAAGGAUCCCUGCGAUAAGAAAGUGCAGGAGACGGACGGUGACGGAUGCAAGCCCUGUCGCUGCACCUGCACAAGCGGAAAAAUGUGCGUCCGCUGCCGCAUACGAAAGCUCUGCGAGGACGUAUUCCAGCCACGUGAAAGCGCAUUGUCCAAGGCCAAGGAGUGCCCUAAGCCGCAGACGGGUGAGGACUUCUGCGUGAUCACCAAUCCACCGGAGAACUGUCGUCCGUACCUCACACGAGUCUUCUCCGAACUUAUCAAUCUCUAUCAGAUCGACGAAUCGCGAAAGGCCACCGAGCUGCAAGCGCGCUGCACUCAGUCCCAUCUGAUAAUGCCCUCCAAUAGACGGUCAGAGCAAGGGCAGGAGGCCCCGGUGAGCGGGGGUGCUGGGAUCUCUCUAGGUGCCAGGGGCGCCCCAAAAAAGACUGGCCACAAAACUUGUCUGUCCAGCGAUAGAGCCGUCCCCCGGCGGCACGGCUGGGGCUGGAUGAACACCGAUGAGGCUCGCAAGUAUGGCUGGCGUCCCGGUGUUAUUGCGCGGUCCACCAGCAGAGUGAUGAAGUUCUUCCUGGAUCAAGAGGCGCAGCGAAGCGUGUUCAGCGUCUGCCAGGAGCUAGCGGAGAAGAACAAUGAGAUGGAGAAACAAAACCAGUCCGUGCUCAACGUGUGCAAGCGAAACCACGAGAUCUUCGUGACGCUGCGACCGCUCAACACCUUGGGAAUGGAGCAGCAUCCUAUCACCUUCAAGAUAGUCAAGAGCGAGCUGGCCCUAGCUCUGAGUGAUCUCAAGCGCAGCCUCAAGGCCAAGGGCUUCGUCAAGUGCACCUGCCACCAGACGCUGAUGAUGUGCACAUGUCGAAGUCCGCGAGAGAAGCGACUCCUAGAACGAGCCAUCUAUAAGGAGUGCCGGCGCCGCGUAAUAGCCCCCUGUGCCGACCACCUGGUCCUCACGGACACCAGCGACAGCGAGAUGGAGUUCGACUUCAAUGUAACGCCUCCCGCAGGCACCAAGCAGCCGUACAGGCUACCCAAAGCUCGCAGCGGAAACCGAGGCACACAGACCAGUAAAAAGGACCGAGAGCCGCCUUCCCCACUCUAUCCCAUCCAGCAAAACCCCUACUGGCGCUCCUUCGACUGCGGCGUGGGCGAUCGUUACAUGGGCACUGCCUUUGGCGGCAAUGGGGAAACCGUCUUCGAGGACGGCGUCUUCGGCUACAUGGGCGGGGGGCAGCACGGCGAACCUCCAUCCCGUCGGAGUCCGAGAAUCUGGGGCACAAGUCCAGGCGCUCCUAUGCGCCUUGGCAUUGGUCGCAGCGCGGAUAACAACAAUCGAUUUAGUGGCACUGCCUGGCGUGGACUAGCCCGAAGAGUACUAGCAAAAAUGCGAAAUGGGGUAAAGAAUAUAAAAUAAACAGUGAA